UACCGACUGAGCUACGGGACCGGCAAACAGAAAGGCUACGCCGCCAGUCAUAUAUAGAAACAGAAUGGACCAUUUCCAUAGAAGUUUCGAUAUGUAUGAGCAGCUUGUCUUUUUCCUCUGAAGUUUGUGAGCGCCUCAUUGCAGGGCGCCAAGUCUUGCGUCAAUUCCGCAUCAUACCUGCGACAGUUGAUAAGUCACAAUGGUAGGUAUAUUUAGAAACAGGAUGGGACAUUUCCAUCGAAGUUUCGAUAUGUAUGAGCAGCUUGUCCUUGUUCCUCUGAAGCUUAUGAGCGCCUCAGUUCAAUGAAUUCGCCGUCGCGCUGUGGUGUUUUAGCACCUGCAUCCGGCGCUGGGCGGCUGCCGAUGGACCGGGCCUGUUAUCGGGGUCAGCGCCACGAGGGCGGGGCGUGCUCUUGUCGCCCCAGGGGAGCUGGCGGCGGGUCAGCGGCGCUCGCCAGUCAGCCGCCGGUCCGGCCCCGAGGCGGUGUCAUGGUGCCCCCGAGUGGCUCCCCGGCCCGCGCGCCGCUGGCGGUGGCGGCGAUCGCAGUGGCAGCGGUCGCCGUCCGCGCCGCGCCCUGCCCCUACGACGCCUCGGCCGACCUCAACUCGCUGCUGGACCGGAUAUACGAUGACCAAGUGUAUCAGUGCCAAUGACGAAGUGAACACUGAGCACCGCAAGAUGACCGAUGCCGCCUCGUGCCGUCGUUGCAGUCGCAAGUGCUCUGGAGUGAAUCUGAAGAACGGGGCGCUGGCUACAUCUAUCCCAUUCCCACCUACGCUCGAUGUGACCCGUUCUACGAGGGAGACAUCUUUCUAGAUGGGAUGGAGCCGUGGGCGGACCCGGAGCGCGGGCCGGGCCCCAUGGAGCCGGCAGUCCAGCUGUGGCCCGACGGAGUCGUCUACUACACCACGUCUGUGUACGAUAGUAACGUGCUACUCAUUCUCAACAUCUCCAUCGCUGAUAUAGAAUCGCGCACGGCCACAGCGGCCGGACCGUGCAUCCGGUUCGAGCCCUGGUCUCCGGGGCUCUCCGAGGACUUCCUCUUCAUCACCGACCAGCUCACCAACUCGUGCUGCUUCAGCAGCAUCGGCAGGCGCGGCGGCAACCAGAGCCUCAACAUCGGCAUCAAAGGCAACAACGUCGGAAACGCCAAACACCUGCUCAUGCACGCUCUAGGUUUUUGGCACGAGCACAGCCGACCAGGGCGAGACGCGGACAUCGAGGUCCUGUGGGAUAACGUGCAGGAGGGCCUGGAAUGUUUCUUCGACGAAUACCGAAACGAGACGGAGUUUGUGCAGACGGACCCGUACGACCUGACCAGCGUGACACACAUAUCGCUCAACACGUGGGCCCGGGAGCGCGGUCAGGACACGCUGCGGCCGCGCUCCCCCACCAACGAAACAGAUAUAGGCUUCAAACAGAGGCUAUCUACCCAAGACAUUCAGAGAAUCCGAGCCAAGUACGGCUGUCCCGUCCCGGAUGAAACCACCACUUAUCAGCCAACAACAGCCGAGCCAGUGACAACAACAGAAAGAACUACCACGGUCCUUCCAACAACAGAACUGUCGACCACGGAACAGUCGACUACGGUCCUUCCAACAACGGAACGAACUACCACGGUCCUUCCAACAACGGAACAAACUACCACGGUCCUUCCAACAACGGAAGACACUACCACGGUCCUUCCAACAACGGAACGAACUACCACGGUCCUUCCAACAACGGAAAGAACUACCACGGUCCUUCCAACGACGGAAAGAACUACCACGGCCCUUUCAACAACGGAACAAACCACUACGGUCUUUCCGACGACGGAACGGCCGACUACGGUCUUUUCAACAACGGAACAAACUACUACCUAUCUGCCGCCCAGAGUCGUCUGCAAGGACCAGCCAGACGGCCAGAUGCUGGCCUAUCCGGACGACUGUCACAAGUUCUACAAGUGCAGCGGCGGCCGCGACUACGUAUGCUGCUGCCCGCUGCCACUAGUGUUCUCUGCUGAAGAGAGCACGUGCGACCACGAGUGGCACGUGCCGUGCGGCACGCCCGACCAGGAGUCUGAGUGUCCCCAACAUCAUGUACCCGACUCAGAGCAGUGCAAGUACAGCUAACGGAAACGCGCUGGCGAACUGCGCCCAAAGAUACGAUUUUGAAAAUCCGGCAGGUCUGUCCGUCAUCGACUGCCGCCGCCACCCCGACUUCGUCAGCUGACCUAUGGCGGCCAGUCACGUGCUCUAUCAGCCAAUCACAGGCUGGUCCCGGGGUGGAAGUCUGGCCAAUCAGAUAAUUCGCUGAGCCAGGCAAAGCGCUUAUCUCUGGCGGCGCGCUUUCCUUGCGGUCUGUACAUCUCUGCAGCAUCGCAUACGCUGGAAUACUUGGAGAUAUUUUUCAAAAAAAAAAAACAAUUUUUUUCCAGACAAGCUCUGUAUGAGACUUUUUUUGUUAAAGUGUAAAAAUAAAUGCUUCCCUUCAGGCUUCAUUUCAAUAGUAAUGCGUUGUCAUGGCAGAGAAUUGACGUCGAGGAGUAGGACCACAAAUACAAAAGUGCGAUCCAAUAAUGAUAUUUCGAGGCUAAGCCCAAAUAACCGUUAACGCAUAAUAACCGUAAGCUUUUUAUAAAGCCUUGCUGACCCAGUGACAAACGCAGAGCCUUUAGCGGAUGGCGCAUUCGAAGCUCGAGCAUGUUUCCUCUUCUACUGUCAAGCGACAUCUACCGUCAAGCGACCUGUUGAUGUUUUCUACUCAUUCCUGCGUCUAAAGAGGAAAAAUCCGUUAUCUGACCUGGAAGGUGCAUACAUUACGAGUCCCUGUUCAUGUUUAUUGGCUUUUCGGUCAGUGACAGCGUGUCCCAUGAACGCUGAAGCCGAUGACCGCUGCCCAUGGCGUGAAAGACGGGGGAAAAACGCUGCGCAACAAGACCGAAAUGCUCGCGUCAACGGUAUUUGCUCGGAGUAGGUAGUGUGAAGAUGCCUGUGGGGUCCACGCACACUACUGCCGGCACUGUUGCACAAAUGUUGGAACCGUGCGGAGCUGACAUAGAUAAAAUAUUCCUGUAAGGGAUGACAUUUCAAGCUGUGAAAUCGGGUCGCUCUGAGCUGUGCAUCCUUUUGUCUGUGUGUGCGCUUGUGUGAGCGGGUGUUUUUUUUUUCUUAGGAAAUAGAACGGCCAUUUU